GACGACGAUGGCCCGUUUGUUUGUCUCUUCUUUGCAGCUGCUUGGAGGGACAAAUUUGUUUUCUCCGGUUUUCUGCAAUUUGGACCGUGUAUGAAGGUGUUUUGCGGGGGACAACAACAGCACACCGACGCAACGUCGCCGCCGCCGCCGCCGCCAGCGACGACGCACGCAGGCCAUGGCGUCCUCGCCGCGCGCACCGCGUCGGCGGCCAUUCUGGGGAGGUGGCCCGUGCGUCCUGGGAUCACUUCGCAUGGAUGACAUAAGCGACGCCCGUUGGUUCGUCUCGCAGUCUGAGUCUGCUCUCCGCCGUCUUCCCUCCUCGUCCCGCCUUGCCCACCCGAGCCACUGAGCCACUGCCCCUCGAGCCUACUCUCCGACGCCGCACCUCAUGAUGGCUCAGCAGCCGCAGACGGUCAUCCCGCCAGAAAUGAUGCAGGCGGGUGCGCCGAUGCAUGCGUCGUAUUACCCCGAGAACCAGACCGACCUCACGGGGGGCCUGCCACUCAACCUCGACUCGCUGCGUGACGGCCCGCCAGGGAGCAAGCCGUUCUACCCAUAUUCGACUCUCAUCCGAUACGCCAUUAAAGGCUCGCCAAAUCAGAAGCUCUUGCUGGAGGAUAUAUACUAUGCCAUUGAAUCAAGGUUUCCAUACUUCAGAACAGCGCCUCCAGGAUGGAAAAACUCCGUCCGCCACAACCUAUCUCUCAACCCAUGCUUCGAGAAAGUGCCCCGACCGUUGACGGACCGGGGGAAGGGCUCCUACUGGACAGUCAACGACAACAAAGGGGGCAAAGGCGGGGGCAAAGGUCGCUCAGCUCGUGUCGAAGAGGACAUUGACUACCAUCCGCCCGAGGAGAGUACAUUCAGCGAUACAAACUUCGUCGCUCAGCCUAUGCGCCCCGUCGAGGCUGGGCCGAGCACACAAGGUGCGCCACCGCCCCCGCCGUCAGCGCCGUUCGUCCAGCACCAGUACGGCCUUCAACGCCUCACAGAAGACCAGCAGAAGGCGGGAGCAGAUCAGGAGUGGUACCGUAUGAUGCUGUUCAGAGUUCGGAGCGGGAUGAUGGCACCGCCGAAUCCGGGCGAUCCUAUGGUGGGCCCGCCCAUGAUGGACCAACCCCGAACCCG